AUGGCACAGAUCCGAGCAGCCAUGGCGCUUGACGGAGCGCAGGGAGAGAAGAAAGGCCAUCAUUUGCCAGCGCUCAUCCGGCCAAUAUCAUCUGUGGGGUCAUCAGCGGAGUCGACGAGUCCGACAACGCCAGCCUCGAUGCAUAGCUUCACCCCAGCUUUUGAUGAUCUCAUCUCGCCUGCAUCUAGCGUCCUCCCGGAGACGCCGACCAAGGGCAAAUGUCUGCUCAGCUCUCGCAACGCUUCGUCUCGCCAUCUGGCAGCGCUGAUCAGCCCUAGCAGACUAGCCAGAGCGCAGAGUCAUAGGGUCAGUAUCGCUAGUGCAAGCUCGAGCGCGACAGAUGAGCCAAGCACGCCUCGACGAAGGCCUCAUCGGCCCCAACUCAAGCGAGAGAAUAGGUCCAUCUCGACUGCCAUCCAUCAGUCUGCGUGUAAGAGGCCGCUUUCGAGCUCCUGGGCGCUGUCCAAGACUUUCGAAUUUGACGAUUCUCUCGAGCAGUCGCCACAACCCGCCGCACUGGGCCAGUCUCGAGCAGAGCCGCCAGCCACUGUGCGAACACGGCAAAGACGAGUGACGAAGCGUAUGCACAUCAUCAAUGAGCUUGUGGCAACCGAACGACGGUAUUGCGCCUUGCUUGACGCGAUACACACGCACUUCUACCAGCCUUUGCUUGACGAUCUGGCCUCGUCCCGUCCCGAGUCGGACAAGCUUUUGCCUCGUAAAGCUCUACUUCAGAUCUUCUCGAGCAGCUUCGACGAAAUACGCGGACUGGCGCAUGCAUUCUUGGCUUGUCUAGACGAAUCCACACUACCUACAGCACAGCGAAAUGACUUUGGUCGAGCGAUCAUUCGGGUAUUGCCCUAUUUCAAGUGCUACGCUUCGUUCGUGCGAGGCUUCGAUCUCGGUCUUGAGCGACUCGAGAGCGAGUAUGCUACCAAUGAAGCUUGGCGAGCGUUUGCAGAUUCUGCAAGUGGAGCGAUCGACAAGGACUUUCGAUUGGACAGCAUGCUCUUGGCUGUCGUCCAGCGCGUUCCUCGGUAUCGGCUGCUGCUGCGUGACUUGCUCGAUUGCGUGCCCACAAGCGAUCCAGAAUGCUGUAACCUCGUCCAAGCCGUCAUCCAACUUGAGGAGGUGACUCAAUACCUCGAUCAGCAAGUCAGUCAGGCACAACACAGUCGCUUGGCGGUCAAAUUGCAUCGCGCACUCGCAGGCGUCUAUUGCGUCUUGACGCCUGGUCGCUGGCUAGUCAAGCAGGGCACACUCUUCGCACUUGGACAUCGUGAGCGGACGCAGUCGUCGUUCUAUCUGUUCAACGACGUAUUCAUCUGUGCGACUCUCAGAUCGACUCUUGGCGAUCCACAGCCUGGCUCGACGCUUCAAUUCGCACUCGAUCUGGACACUCUCGUCGUGACGUGCACUGCAAGUCUGUGUUUCGAGAUCUUCAGCGUGUCACUGAGCGUAGCGGUCGAAGCGGCCAGCGCAUCUGAACGCGACAAUUGGGUCAGUGCAAUCAGGGAAGCGCAGAACGAGCUUCUAUCGUCUCGACGAAGUCUGUCCAAGCCCGAACAGCGGGUCGGCUCGGCGGGGACGGUCUCAGAUGAAGUCAAAGUGACCGCACGCGCCGCCAAGACAGAAAGGGCCGCGCCCGUUAGCAGUGGCAUCUUGACGCAUAUCGUCGGUAACAAGCUACUCUCGGACGCGAUGGCCCAUCUUGGCCUGCGACAGAAGCCACGCCUGCAUAUCUUGGAGCAUCACUCACCCCCAAUCUGGCUUGAAGACUCGAAAGCGGAUCACUGCCUACGCUGCCUCGAGCCAUUCGGUCUCUUCAGACGGCGACAUCACUGUCGAAGCUGCGGCCUCGUCGUCUGCGGUCGUUGCUCCACGAACGUGUUCGGUAUCGUGCGGCCCGGGGAGGACGUGGUAAGGCAGGAGCGCGCCUGUGAUCCGUGCUACGAGCAGGCUUUCCCGAACAGUCCAUCCUCGACUAGCAGAGCCAUGGCGAGCAAGCACACGCCACGCCUCGACACGUCGACUGCCUCUGCCUCGACGGCUGCACAGGCUGGUCUACUGACUUAUGUGCUCCCCGCGGGCGGUCUCCUGGCUUUGCUCAGCUUCAACAAGCUCAAGCAUGUUCUCACUGUCAACUUGACAGGCAGCAGCACCUUCUCCGGCUGGCUCGUCUGUCUCGCCAUCGUCCUUGCGCUUGCUCUUUCGACGCGCAGGAAGCUCGAGCCGCUCUUCAGAUUUGCAUGGAGCUGCUUUCUGCAACCGCUCGGCAAGCAUGCAAACCAGCAACAACGGCUCGACAAGUUCUACCAAUCCCAAGCUGAUGUCUAUGAUUCUACGCGUGGAGGCCUGUUGCGAGGCCGUCACACGAUGCUCAAGCUCGCCGCUGCUUCGCUCAAAGAACAGCGCAAACAGCAUCCCCGCAAGCGACUCGUCUGGGUCGAUAUCGGCGGUGGCACAGGCUGGAACAUUGAGGAAAUGGACAAGUACAUGCCUAUUCAUGAGUUUGAUGCUGUCCAUCUCAUCGAUCUAUGCGAGCCUCUGCUCGAAGUCGCGCGCAAGCGUUUCGAACGACGUGGCUGGAAGAAUGUCCAUGUGCACUGUCAAGAUGCGACGGCUUUCUCACUGCCUGACUGGCAGUCGCACGGUAACGACCCCAUCGGCUCGCUCGACUAUGUCAGCAUGUCUUAUUCGCUCAGCAUGAUCCCCAAUUUCUAUGCUGUCUUGGACCGCGUCGAACGAUUCCUGCAUGCCGAUGGCCUCUUCUCGGUCUGUGACUUUUACGUCUCUGCGCGUGACGAGAAUCGUCCUCAAGUGCAGGCUGUUGGCGACACUGGCCGCCAGGUCGGUCUCCUCAGUCGUCUCUUCUGGCUCAACUGGUUCUCCUUUGAUCACGUGGAUCUUAAUCCGCUACGUCGUGACUAUCUCGAGUAUCGCUUCGGCACACUCAAGUCGCUCAACGGUCGAAACCGCUUCCCCGUGUUCAUUCCGUUCUGCGCAAUUCCGUACUACGUCUGGCUUGGUUGUAAAGCUAACCGCGAUACCUCGCGCACUAUUCAAGCGUUCGAAGUCGAAAGUGGCAACACCGUCUCGGCUGCUUCGUCGCCCGUCAUCAUCGCAGUCAGAUCGAACGACUAUGACGGAGAAGACUUUUCGCUUGGACAGUCUGCGAUGGAGCUGUCGACGUCGUCUCUCAAGCGGUCUGCAUCGGUAACGUCGCAGACCGUCAUUGUCGAUAUUGGCGCGGGCGUGCCGUAUUCUUCAUGCCACUACCAGCUCACAAAGACUUGGCGACUGCCUUACCUCCACAUGCCGAUCCACAAUGAAUUGAAGACCUUCAUCUACAGCUUCACAUGGGAAGAUCCUGCAGUCGACAUGCAGCAUCUCGACAUCAACAGCAACGAUACCGUCAUGUGCGUGACAUCAGCGGGUGACAAUGCGCUGCACUACGCGAUUGCUGGCAAGCCUCGCCGGAUCCACUGUGUUGACAUGAAUCCCUGUCAAGGUCACUUGCUCGAGCUAAAGCUGGCAGCAAUCUGUGCGCUGUCCUAUGAGGAAUUCUGGCAAAUGUUUGGAGAUGGCAAGUUCGAAAACUUCCGCGAAGUGCUCGAUACGCGUCUUUCUCCUCUGCUGUCUUCCCACGCUUAUCAAUUCUGGCGGCUGCACAAUGACUACUUUGACCAGUCGCUGUACAUGCAAGGCUACGCGGGCCAUGCUCUGCGCCUGGGCAAAUACGCUUUCAAGCUUCGUGGCCUCUCUGGUUCCGUCGAACGCUUCUGUAAUGCCGACACGCUAGCCGGACAGCGCGAUAUCUGGGAAACAAAGCUCAGACCGGCCUUACUCGGCAAUUCAAUCGUCAAGGCCUGUCUGAACUCCCCUGUUUUCCAAUGGCGCGCCUUGGGUGUUCCUAUCAAUCAAGCUCAGUGCUACUUGCGCGAGACGACGACGGCCCAAUUUGCGGCUGAUACGCUCGAUCCCGUUGCGCGCAAGACGCACGUCAAGUCUGAGAACUAUCAUUACUAUCUCUGUCUCAUGCAAAAGUACAACGAGCUCAAUCCGCCGCUCUAUCUUAGCAAAGAGGGCUUCAAGGAACUCAAGAGAGACUCUGCCAAAGCGCUGGAUACGUUCAGGCUGCAUACCGAUUCGAUCAUCAACGUGCUGAAGCAGCUCGAACCGGCUUCGCUUUCUGUCUGCAUCCUCAUGGAUCACAUGGACUGGUAUACCCCGAACCUUGAAGAUAUUCCAGGCUCGGCCGAAGCGGCAGAGGGAGAGAAGCGCAAAGUCUAUAUGGGCGCAACGAUCGCUCAGAGCUUGACGUCUCGCACGCGUGAACCAUGCCAGCUCCUGGCGAGCGUGAAAGCGCUCAAGCGAGUGCUGAAAGCGGACGGCAAAGUGUACUGGCGAAGCGCCGGACGGGACCCAUGGUACAGACAAGUCUUUGAGCGCGAAGGCUUUGUCUGUACUCGAAUGUCUGAUCGCAUCAUCGGCGGUCAGGAACCGGUCGAUCGGGUCAAUAUGUAUGCCAGUGCUUGGCUAGCUCAGGUACGCAAAUAG